GGGAUCGGAAUUUGAAUAGAUGGGCGGAGCUGAAGUUUAUCGUUUUUGGUAAAAAAGAUGAUCUGAUAUUUUGCAUAGAAAGAUAUAAUAAUGACAUCAGUGAAACUUGAGGGAAGACUAAUUACUCCGGCAGUUGUCCAAGGUUUAACUGAUGUAUUUUCUUCGACGAAUUUUACUCUUCUGAAAAACAGAUGGAUAUCAGAUGAUGAAGUGUCUGCUUGUCAGUGGUGUAAAAACAAGUUUAAUCAGCUGAGAAGGAAGCACCACUGCCGCCAAUGUGGAAAUGUUUUUUGCAGCAAGUGCUGUAAUGAAAAGAUUCCCUUACCACAGCUUGGUUUGGAGGAUCCAGAGAGAGUGUGCGAGUCUUGUCGUCCUGUGACAGAAUUCAUCACAAAAUCACUCUCACCUCUACAGAAUUUUAAAUCAGAAGCUGCCAAUAACCUUGUCAGUCAGUGUGGAGAAAUCACAGGCCUCUGUAAGGUUGUUGAACUUGGUGGUGUUCAGGCAUUAAUAAUGUUAGCAAAGAAUGAUCACCCUGUUAUACAGGGUAAGGUCAUUGCUGGUCUUCAGAUCCUGUCCACUCAUCAACCCCUACACAGAUACCUGGCAGAUGCUGGGGCCAUCAAAGCAAUCUGUAGCAUAUUGUCAAAGACGGCGUUGACCUGUGAACAGACCCUAGUGGAGGGGAUCAGUACGCUGAAAAUCUUCUGUAGACUCCCUGAUCUGAAGAGUAAAGCCCUGGAGGAUGGGGCCUUGGAGCCUGUUCUUCGACUGAGCUGUACGUCUGACUGUAAUGCCGUGUCACUCGUAGCCGUGAGCACACUCAGUUUGAUUGCGGAGGACACGAGUACACACAAUAAAAUCCUAGAGAGUCCACUGAACGUCUUAACUUCUGUAUGCUCACUGGCUGGCUCAGAAGAUGAACAGAUGCAGGAGGUGGCAUUAAAAACCAUUUGUUUCCUUUCUUUGGGUUCAAACUGGCAGAAACAUAGGAUUGUUCAGGAGGACUUCACUGCUGGUCGUUCCAUACAGAAAGCCAUCAGGGGGAAUCCCAAAAACAAGCAAGUGCUUUGUAAUGCUGCCUGUCUCAUAGCUAACCUGGCUACAAGUAGUGAAGACCAGGGAGGUUUACAAGAUUUAUUAGAUGGCCUGGGAGAGCUGCUAAAAAGAGAUGACACCAACCCAGACUUACAGAGUCACACCGCCAGGGGACUGGCAAACUUCGCCAGGUUUCAGCAAAAUGCCAGCAAGAUUAAAAACAUGUUACCAGUGAUAAUAUUCAAAUGUUUGAAGUCCCCUAACAGUCAUGUCAAGAUGCAUGCAAUGAGAGCCAUCUUUAAUGUGAUGUCUAUCAACCCGUCAGACACUUGCAGUGAACUUCUCAGAGACGGGGCUGGUGAGUUGUUGGAGGGACUGUCCAGACUGAAGGGGCUGACCAGUGCUAUACAGGACGCUCUGCUGGCCCAGGCCCCGGACCUCGUCAGACCGUUAUAACCAAACCAAGCGGGCACUUGGAUAUGGGGUGUGUUGGAAGUGUGAUAACACCAAGAGUUCGUUCAUUUGGUGCAUAGACGUCAUAUUCUUGCAUUUUACUGAGGACAUGUUUUUUCGUGAUUUAUUUGGAUGAUAAUGUUUUAGAAAACAGAUGUUUGACUUCUUUAGCAUAUAUGUACUAUUUGAAAAAAUAGUUCAUGGACAUUUUGAAUUUAUCAUAAUAUAGUUAAU